AUGUAAGAAUUAUCAAAACAUCAAAAUUUCAAUUAUGAAAUAAUAUCCAAUAACAACCAAAAAUAACUUUGCUAAGCACUUGCUAUGAAUAAAUAUAAUACUUUACUUCUUGUAGGAUCUUCAUAGAAAAUCAAAGUUUUUUACUUCAAAUAUAAAAAUCUAAAAUAAAUUCAACUAAUCAAUAAACAUAUAAAUGAAAUCACUACUCUCAACUUUUUUUAAAUAAAGCCUUGGUUUAUUUCAGGUUCAAGGGAUGGUUAAGUAAUUGUUUGGCCAUCUAAUUUAAUGAUGAAUUAAAAAUAUCUAAUAAAAUUUAAAGGUCAUUCUAAUUGGAUUAAUUGUUUUGUGUUAUAACAAACAUUACAAGAUCUCAUUAUUAGCUGUUCAAAGGAUUCUACAAUUAAAUUUUGGUCUAUUUAACUGUCUUCAUGUAUGCAAACUAUAAGGCUGUUUAAUUAAUAAAUUUACUCAUCAUCAAUAAAUAAUAUGGGAAAUAAAAUAAUUGCAUGCAGUAGCGACAAUUCAAUUAUAAUAUUAGAAGAAUUAAAUUGUUUUAAAUGGAUUAUAACACAAAGAAUUAUUGUUUCAAAUUUUGGAUAUAGAUUAUCUUUUAUUACAAAUACGAUAUUCGCAUUUUAACCUUAUAAAUAAUCUAAUUUAUAAAUAUAUUAUCUAAACUCUGGAAACUAGACAUUUUUUAAAAAGUUGGAAGUAUUAAUUGAAGGAGGAGAUUAACCUUGUAAUCAUUAUUUCCCUAUGGUAUAUGUACCUUUAAAAAACUUUCUACUAGUAAAACAUGGAUAUAAAUUGAAUUUAAUAAGUAUAGAUCUUUCAGACAAAGAAGAAAUUUUAGAAUGUAAAUUGUAAUAAGUAAUUGAUUUCAGAAAAGUCUUAUGGAGUUAAAUAUUUGGAACAAUGAGCCAGGAUGGAUAAUUCUUGAUUACUUGGGAUUUCAAAUCAUCUCUUAUAUAAUUAAGAGAAUAUAAGCACUUUCCAUGA